UUUGAUUGUGCUACAGCGUUAGAGGUGUGUAUUCACAUCAUGACUUCUCCCGUGCAAGCGGGUUUUCACAGAGUUGAGAUUCAGAAAACAACCUGGGAUGUCUCGGACAGAUACACAUCUUUGCAAGCCAUUGGUUCCGGUGCCUAUGGGACGGUCUGUUCUGCCAUUGAUCAAAAAACAAAAGAAAAGGUGGCCAUCAAAAAGCUGUAUCGUCCAUUUGAGUCAUUGAUAUUCGCCAAAAGGGCUUACCGUGAAGUUCGACUGCUCAGACACAUACAACAUGACAAUGUGAUCUCGUUGUUGAACGUCUUCACACCUGAUGCCACUCUGGACAAAUUCCAGACCUUUUAUAUGGUGAUGCCCUUUGUGGCCCAAGAUCUUGGUCACAUCAUGAAGAGAAAGAGACUCUCAGAGAGAAUUAUCAUCUAUUUAUUCUACCAAAUCUUAAGGGGACUGAAGUACAUUCAUUCAGCUGGCAUCAUACAUCGCGAUCUCAAGCCUGGCAACCUGGCUGUCAAUGAAAACUGUGAAUUAAAGAUCUUGGAUUUUGGUUUGGCCCGACAGACGGAGAUGGAGAUGACGGGUUAUGUGGUGACACGCUGGUACAGGGCUCCAGAGGUCAUCUUCAACUGGAUGCACUACAGCCAGACAGUGGACGUAUGGUCUGCAGCGUGUAUUCUGGCGGAGAUGCUCACCGGCCAAGUUCUCUUUCCUGGCAAUGACAGCAUCGAUCAGCUGAAGAAGAUCCUGAGGGUCACAGGCACGCCAGAGUCCUCCCUCUUCCAGAAGAUGCAGAGUGAAGAUGCUCGCUCGUAUGUGCAGUCCUUGCCCAUUCAAAAGAAGAAAGACUUCAAAGAGGUCUUUCCCUCGAUGGACACUAAAGCGGUGUCCAUGCUGGAGGCUAUGCUGCUGCUGGACCCUGAGGCUCGCAUGACGGCCGCGGAGGGCCUGGCUCACCCCUACCUGUCCGAGUUCCACGACCCCGAGAGCGAGCCGGAGUCUCUCCCUUACGACGACUCCUUCGAGAGCCUGGAGCUGGAUACGAGCGAGUGGAAGAGUCUCAUCCACAUGGACAUCAUGACCUUUGACCCCGACAACCCCGGAUUGGUGGCAAUAUAGCACUACUUGGUAAAACACCUGCAGCGCAGCUACAUGUUACAGACUGAAAGGGCUUAAGAGAUAGAGAGUGUAAUUCUAUAGUGGUUUGUUUAGUAGUUUGUUUCAUGCUGCCUAUUCACAAAUGUUAUCUUUUUCAUGAAUAUUUAUCACCACCAUCAACUUCAGUAUUCAUUGUGACUGGGAAAUUUGUACUUGACAUGCACUGUACAUGAAAAGGUGGAUCUUCUCAGUGUCUGCCAUUUUGCAUUUCCAGUAAAAUACAUAUUUGGCUGCAAAACGUACUGUACUUUGGUCACACCAUAAAUAUUAGUUUAUUACUUCAUAAAUAUUCAUAUAUGCAAAGUUUGUGAAUAGGCCGCAUACGUUAACUAGAAACGCACUCAGAGAGUGCAGACCUCUGCCGAGGAGACUGUCUGAUAGAACAUUUGAUUACGUUAAACCCCUUUCUGCUGUUUUUGUGGAGAGAAACUGGAAUGAUAAAACAUUUUUGGAUCUGGAUCGUGAUCUGGAUCACCAUAAAAAUUGAAUCACUUGUUCCUUGUGUCAUUUCCAACAACGCGACCGAAAUCAUGACCUCCUUGGCAGAAGAUAUUACAUACUCCCUUAGAACCUUUAAUGAGUUGAGUUGUACAGUUUUUUUGUCUUCAUCAUCAUCAGACACCACUGCCAUGUUAUAUGUCUGAUAAAAUCAUAAAUGCAUCUAUGGGCCUUGGUAAAUCAUAUUAAAAUGGUGUUGUUGACAUACAAAGUUGAAAUACGUAGUUAUACAUGGGUUCUCAGUGUUUAUCAACACAAUGUUAUGAGGAGGGGCAAGACACUGGCAGCCAACCAUGUGAGCAAUUUUCCAACAAUCUGAGGUUGAGUUGUGCGCAGCUAGGUUGGUGCAGUCAGGUUAUAAACAAAAUUUAGAACCCAUAUAUUGCAUGAUGCCCAAGUCUUCUUCCUACAGUUUCAUUGGAGGAGCUUGACUAAGCUUUUAUUUUGAAAACCACUUUGACUGUUUCACUGACCAAAUAAGCUGCUUCUGAUAAAGAUCUAAACUAAAUGUAAUAGACUAAUAAUAUACUGCAAUCUAACAUUUCUAUGUGUGUCAUCCACAGGGCAUUUAUGUCAAGAGUAAUUUAGCCAUAUAUUUUCACAUUUCAGUGAGGAUAGAGCGAAUUUGUUACAUAAUUUUCCGUCUUUAGAUGUGCACCACUGUCAUCAGGAGAAACUAGCUUUUUACUUGUGUAUGGUUUGUAACCACAAGAUGUCACUAUUCUCAAUAAGAGAUGAAAAUGUUUGAAUAAUGAAAAAAAACUAUGCAAAGGAUCUACAGUUUAGAAUGUUGUGUGUUGACAAAAUAAAUGUUUUGAGUGUUGUAUUUACAUUGUUUUUAUUAUUUGUGAGGUAACAACCACUUUAUGUGGAAU